UACAGCGAGUGUCAUCGGAUGUUUUUGUUUCGAUGGGCAGCUGACAAUUGAGCGACUGCCCUAGUUUUUAAUGUGCCAUGAUAUAAACGUUACUGGAUAGCAUAAAUACAUUUUUCAACGUGAUACUUUUCGAUGGGUGCCGCGGAAAGCACUGAAGGGGAAAGGGAGCCUUUGCUGGUUCCAGCCCAACCGGCGACAAACACCACAAACACACAGCCUGUGUUCAGCAGGGUGUAUGGGAGACGAUGGUUUGUUCUCACUAUGUUUUCAUUGUUGGGUUUUAUGCAAGGACUCGUGUGGAACACCUGGGGCCCGAUCCAGAACUCAGCCAAACAUGUGUUCGAGUUCUCAUCGACAGAUAUCGCCAUUCUGGUGCUGUGGGGUCCAGUGGGUUACCUGCCCUGGCUGCUGUUUAUGUGGCUGAUGGACAAGAAAGGUUUACGAGCAUCUCUGCUACUGUCAGCGUUCUUCAUGGUGCUGGGCGCAGCAUUACGAAGUGUGCCCCUUAAAGACCUAUACUACAGACGCUGGUUGAUUCAUGGAGGUCAACUUCUAAAUGGUUUAGCUGGUCCUACCGUUAUGAGUGCCGCCCCCCUCCUCUCUACUACUUGGUUUGCUCCUGAUCAGAGAGCUACAGCCACCGCUAUUGCAUCACUAAUCAGUUACCUGGGAUCAGCCUGUGCCUUUUUGAUUGGUCCAUUGGCCGUCCCUGCACCCAAUGACACUGAGAAAUUGGGAACCGUCAUCUACUGGAACCAAAACCACAUAGGAAACAGAAUACAGUUUGUUCUUUACACAGAGUUUGGGAUGAUUGCAGCACUUUUCGUGGCUGUGCUGUUCUACUUUCCGUCCAGGCCGCCGAUCCCUCCUAGCGUGGCAGCGGCUAGUCAGCGUCUCAGCUACAGGAGCAGCAUCUGCAGACUGCUGAGCAACAUGCGUUUCCUGAUGAUAGCACUCGCCUACUCCGUGCCCACAGGGGUUGCUGCCGGCUGGGCCGGUGUGUUGGACAUGAUUUUAACACCUGCUAAAGUCAGCCAGGUGGACGCUGGCUGGAUCGGCUUCUGGUCCAUAGUUGGAGGCUGUGUGUUUGGUGUGGCCAUGGCCAGGUUUGCUGACUAUAUUCGCGGAAUGCUGAAGCUGAUUUUGGUGCUGAUGUUUGCCGGCGCAUCCUUGGCGGCCACCUGGUUCACGCUCACCUGCCUGACCAGGCUCACUCACCUGCCCUCCACUAAAGCAACAUUGUACACCUCCUGCAUCCUGGUAGGCAUCUUCAUCAACAGCAGUAUUCCCAUCUUCUUGGAGCUGUUCAUUGAGACGGUUUACCCUGUACCCGAGGGCAUCACCUGCGGGUGGUCACUUUCCUCAGCAAUCUCUUCACUGGACUUCUGCUGUUUUGCCUCACCUUUUACUUCACAGAGCUGUCCUGGUUGAACUGGGU